AUGAACCAUAUUGAUGUAACAACCUCGCCUCCGAAAGACGGCUCGACUGAGGCGCAUUCGGUGCAACGUGCAAAAAGCGUUCUCAAAUGGUCGGAUAAGAGAAAUCCAGCUGAGGAGGUGGUAAGAGACCACAUCUCAAUCAUCGACCGGAGGUGGGUCGGUCUGUGUCAGGGUCUCGAAUCGUUCAAUAUGUCUUUUAGCCGCAAUAACGAUCAAAUUUCUGAAAGCAGUGUGGUGGAUCUUGCGCAGAGCAAAGUCUCUUCUGUGUUCAACUAUGCGAGUGGCGUCAAGCGACGAACAUUUCAAGACACGAUAUCUCACAAAUUCGGGACGUCCAGGCGAGGAGUCAACGAUGCAGCAGCAUUCGUGCCACGGCUUGCCCUUCUGCCACCAGAGACUGAUUUCAAGGAUAUGAUUGUUUACUUCCCAGGCGCUAAACUCCCUUUGUGGUACGAUUGGAAGAUGAUCCCUCCAACAUUGUAG